AUGGAGCGGGCUCCGGGCGUUCUCGAGCCUCACGGCUUGAGAGACGCAACUGGACCCAAUGAUGGGGAUGAAGACAUCGUGUCCGAUGCCGACUCGGACGAGAUGGAACUACGUGGAGACAUAGCCAAGUUUGACCAGUCAGUUCGAGAGUUCCUGUCCUCCCAUCAAGGAACGGUUACGGUCGACGAUGAGGAUGAACACGAACUCAGAAGACCCCGAGCAGCUAUGAGAUCGAAGGCUGCGACACGUUCCACUAUUCGGGGUCCCCGACAAGCUGCGGAACCCCGAGGCGAUAUCAAGUUUCGUCUUGCCAGAGUCAACCAAGCUUUCAUGAGUGGCGAGUAUGACCGCGCGAGGAAUCUUGUCUUUGAGAUCAUCAGGAUUAAUGCCGAAACACAUCAAGCCUGGACCGUCUUAGCUUCCAUAUUCCGCGAGGAAGGACACAGCGAUAAAGCUCUGAUGGCCAUGGUUAUUGCUGCGCAUUUGCGUCCCAAGGACGGUCCAGGCUGGAUGAGCUGCGCAUCCUUUGCCAUGAGUCUAGCCGAAGAAGGUCAGGAUGGAGCUCUCAAGACCGCACUGAUGUGCUACUCUUCGGCUGUUAAAGCACAGCCUACCAAUCUCGAUGCCAGACUGGGCAGAGCCGAGGCAAGUCAAGCCCAGGGCUUUCUAUCGCAAGCAAUUGCCGAAUUCUCCUAUGUCCUUGAGCGUCGGCCUUUCGACAUUGGCAUUGUGAGAAGGCUAGCCGAAGCUUGCGCUGAUCUGGGGGGCGCCGAGGACGUAGAAAGAGCUGUCGUCGCCUACCAAACAUACUUCACUCAUGCGCAUGCGGAAGACCGUGGUGCCGGAGACGAACUUUCGUGGCACGAUGUCGGCAUCUUUGUAGAGCUCUUUGCCUGCGCUGGCGACUACGCGAACGCCAUAUUGCAACUCAAAUCGUUAUCUCGAUGGAUGCUCGGGCGACGCAAUGAAGGACUAUGGGACGAAUGCGUUGAUGACAGAGAGUGGGACAGGGAACACACUCGUCGUCUUCAGAUUCCGGCAUUCGAUCCAUCUGCCUACGACCUGUACACAUAUGGUCUAGGCCUACCCCUAGAAUUCAGGGCCCGUCUCGCAUUAUACCGGCUCAAGAUUCGGGAUGACCAAGAAUCCAAUCUCCACCUUCGCUGGCUGGACCCAACGGAAUCCGCAACAGCCACCGCCGUUCAGGAUUUCCCCUAUCUCAUUCGGGACAUUGCUGACGAACUUUACAUGGUUCCGCGCAUUUCGGAGGCGCUUGAUUAUUAUGAACUCCUGCGACAUUCCAUCUAUGGCCAAGAUGCCACACUGCUUCUGCAGCUUGGCCGCUGCUAUCUGGCCAGAUCCGACUUGGCAGCAGCCGAAGACUGUUUCUUGGUGGCGAUACAAGUAGAUGAAACCAACAUCGACGCUCGCAUCGAGCUGGCUAGGAUCUACGAAAAGGCCAAGGAGGAAGAGGAGGCACUCAUUCUUCUUAGCGAGGCCGCAGCCUUGGACCGAAUCAACGAUGGAGGAAAUCAGCUGGAAGAUGUUAGUGGAGAUGUGAACAGAUCACGAGGACGCGCAUCAGCAUUGUCUGACGCCAUAAAACCACGAAGAAAGCGAGAUCAGAGGCGCAGACCCACAAAUAACGGGGUUGUCCGAGCUAGAUAUCGACCCAGGAAGCUUGUUGCUCCGGACCAGCGUCUACAGGAAGAACGUGUCCGAGCUGACGAGCUGACUAGGCGAUAUGAAGUCGUCCGCAACCUGAAGAGGGAUAUACAGGCGGGUGACCACUCACUGAUACCGCAAUGGAUGGCCGCUGCUGGGGAACUCGUGGGCGACUUCAGAUCUUUCAGGAAGUUCUAUCCCUGGGACAAAUAUCUCCAGUUUCUCGGUGCUGCCAACGAUGUAGUUUUCAGUGCAUCCUCUAGGACGCAGUCAGGCCUCUCAGAACUAGCUGAGAGGCUUUCGAAGAACAUAGCCCCAUCCAUCUUGGACGACAGAAGGAUCAACGUCGCGUAUGAGGAUGAUGGCUACCGUGGCAUUCCUUUUCGCGAGUGGCUCGAGCUGUUCCUCGAUUAUGCAGUUAGUCUAGCAUUGGCCAAUCGUGCCGAAGAGGCAUACCAGGUUUGCGAGGCGGCGAGAGACUCGAUUGUAUUCGUGAACUCGAAAGACUACAUGUUCCUAAUCCACGUGGCGUGGGCAGCGUGUGCCAUAUAUCUGGCUGACGAGGAGAUGUGCGUGGCUGUGGCAAGGUUUUUUAUGAAGGUCCGGCAGCUGGAUUCGGAUUCCUACCGUAUGUUCGCAGCCUUGUGCAGGUUGUGCCAGUCUCCUGCAUCUUGGUACAACUCCGGACCUGCUCAGAAGUAUAUUCUGCGGCAGAUCAAGAUGAUCGAUGCCUCGCAUCUGUCCAGCAGUCAGGUAGACAGGCAUCGUGAAGUCAACCAUCGAGAGGCUACUAGCCCUGCUGAGGCAAAGCAGCUUGACAUAUGCCUACUGAUGCUCUACGGACAUAUCUUGUUCACAUCGACAAGCUACACCUUCGCUUUAAAUUACUUCCUCAGGGCGCGAACUCUAGACCCUUUGAACCCUAUGAUUAGCCUCAGCGUCGGACUCGGAUACAUUCACCAUGCCCUCAAACGCCAGGCAGACAACCGGCAAUACCUGAUCAUGCAGGGGUUCGCCUGUGUGUUCGAGUUUUGCCAUUCAAAGCUCACGGGAACGCCAGACGAGAGACGAGAGGCCUUCUUUGGGGUCGGAAGAACAUUCCACAUGCUUGGGCUGCACCACCUGGCGCUGGAGUGGUACAGAAAGGUCCUUGGCCCAGAACAAUCACAGAUUGACUUGCAGCUGGAGGACGUGGCCAGUCGAGACGUGAUUUUGAGUGCCGCAUAUAAUGAAUAUGCCCUGUUCAUAAGUAGCGGGAGUGUUGAUGAGUUGGAGAACGUCGUGCUGCCUCGUCUGGUUCUUUAA